UACAUAUGCGACUUCAUUCGGACUGUCAGAAGAUGGCAACCUGUAUCUCAAAAAUGAUGACGGCUCAGUUGCUUGGUCAUCGCUUGAGCUUUGACAACCCAGUCGGUGCACUGCUACCUGGAGGAUGGCUGGGAUUUAACAGGAUCACUAACAAGAACGUCUCUCUUGUUAGUACUGCUUACUACUACUCCACGUGGAUGCUAAAGGUAAAUGCAGAGCAAAGCAGAGGGUUUACUGUGCAGGAUACUGUUGCCCCCUACAGUGUAAAUUACUUUGAUGUUUUUCCCAGCUGGAUGGACAUUCAUGAGGAGGAUGGCGGCUCUUUGCUGUUGUUCAAUGAUGCACAUCUAUACAUACAAUUGCAUGAUGAUGGUACUGUCAGUGCUGCUAAACUAGGGGACUGUGGUCCAGUGUUGUGGUCUCCAUAUAGUCGGUGCGAUAAUACUGCAUAUUGUGGCCCAUACAGCAUUUGUGUAGUGUCAUAUGACGUAAGCCGUUCAUAUUGUUUGAGAGUUGCAGCUCCACAUUGUCUAUCUAAUCUUUCCUCCAAACAAGAAAUCUCUUUUCAGCCCAUAGAUGAAGUCUCUCUAUUGCCAGCAUCUUCGUCGCUGGUGCAGGUCAGAGACAUCAAAGAGUGCGAAGCUAUUUGUUCCAGUAACUGUUCCUGUACAUCAUAUGCUUUCAAAGAAAUAUGCUCACUGUGGUUUGUGGAGCUGCACAAGCUAACAGUAGUGACCAAGUCAGGUUCAGAUGGACAUUUAUAUGUACGCACGAGCACGGCUAAGCAAAAUGAAAAGAGUUCCAAGAAUGAAAUUCUUAUUUCAACAGUGACAGGUGUUUUGCUCCUCCUCCUUGUUGCUCUGGUUCUUUCGUGGAGAAGCAGAAGGAAGAUAUUCACACAAAGACUAGAGAAUUGUAGCGGUGGCCUUACGAUCUUCUCGGACGCGCAGAUGAAGAAAGCGACGAGGAAUUUCUCCGAAAAGCUUGGAGAAGGAGGUUUCGGAUGUGUUUUCAAGGGGACAUUGCCAGCAGGUUCCUCUAUGGUGGCUGUCAAAAAGCUAAAAGACCUUGGACUGGGAGAGAAGCAGUUCCGAGCGGAAGUGCAAACAAUUGGAAUGAUCCAACACAUCAAUCUUGUCCGUUUAUUUGGGUUCUGUGUUGAAAGAGGUAUGAGGAUGCUGGUAUACGAGUACAUGGAGAAUGGAUCUUUGAAUUCCCAUCUGUUUUCCAAGGGUUCUUCGAAAUUAGCCUGGGAGCUGCGGUACCGCAUAGCACUUGGAACCGCCAGAGGCCUGGCCUAUCUGCACGAGGGGUGCACGGAUUGCAUUAUACACUGCGACAUGAAGCCGGACAAUGUGCUCCUUGACGCAGAUUUCUGUCCCAAAAUUGCAGACUUUGGUAUGGCCAAGGUGCUCGGUCGAGAUUUCAGCAGGGCACUGACGACAAUGCGAGGGACCAUCGGAUACCUCGCGCCGGAGUGGAUCUCGGGGGUUCCGAUCACACACAAGUCAGAUGUCUACAGCUACGGCAUGAUGCUUCUUGAGAUCAUAUCAGGGCGAAGGAAUUCAGAGAAAAUUAAGGAAGGUGAAUUUACCUACUUCCCCAUCUUUGCUGCAGUCAAGGUGCAUGAGGGAGAUGUUGUGUGCCUGCUGGACAGUAGGCUGGAGGGCGAUGCGGUUGUGGAGCAGCUGAGCAGAGCUUGCAGAACUGCAUGCUGGUGCAUUCAAGAUGAUGAGGAUCACAGGCCAAUGAUGGGGCAGGUUGUUCACAUGCUAGAGGGUGUUGUAGACGUCCAUGUACCUCCCAUUCCAAGGUCACUGCAAAAUUUCGUGGGAAUGGACGAUUGCUCUCACUCUACAGCCUUCUAUAAUCUCUGAAAGGCUGCGCAACGCAUUCUGUUUGUCGAUGAAGUAUCACAGUUUGUAUGUGUCUUGUGUAUUUUCUAGGCUGCACUCCUCCCUUAUUUAUUUCCCAAGGUUCGGAUAAGUGGUUGUUGCAAUUCAUUAUACUUAUAGACUUGCUGUGAUAUCCCGCAGUUGUCCCU